AUGAUGGCGGCCAAGCUGGACGACUACGUGAUCCAGCGGCGGCUGGCGCCCGCGCUCUUCGGGGACGUGCUGCUGUGCCAGCACAAGCCGUCGGGCGACCUCGUGGCCGUCAAGCGCGUGCUGCAGAGCGCGGCGAACGCGCAGCUGACGCUCGCCAGCAACAAGAAGGUGCGCGAGAACGUGGCGCUCGAGCGCGCGCUGUACCACCAGCUCAACCGCGUGGGCGGCCACCGCAACGUGCUGCGCCUGCGCGACGAGAUCGAGUUCGACGGCUACCUGUACCUCGUGUCCGACUUCUGCGCGCGCGGCGAGCUGUACGAGCUCGUGAGCUCGGCCGAGGACGGCAAGCUGCCGCUGCCCACGAUCCAGCGCUACAUGCGCCAGAUCGCGGGCGGCGUCCAGUUCCUGCACGCCAACGGCUUCGCGCACCGCGACCUGUCGCUCGAGAACGUGCUCGUGACCGACGACGACCAGUGCCAGGUGUGCGACUUCGGGCUCGCCGCGUCCACGGCCAAGCCCAGCCGCGAGACCGUGGGCAAGCUCUUCUACAUGGCGCCCGAGGUGCUCGCGGGCGUGCAGUACGACGCCACCAAGGCCGACGUCUGGUCGCUCGGCGUCAUGCUCUUCAUCAUGCUCGUGGGCGCGCCGCCUGUCGAGACGGCCUCGGCCUCGGACGCGCGCUUCCGCCUCAUCUCCAACAAGGGCAUCCGCAAGCUCGUGGACCGCUGGGGGCUCACGGACGAGCUGCCCGCCGCCGCGCUCGACGUCAUUGCCGACAUGCUCGAGGUGGACCCGGAGCAGCGCAUCUCGAUGGGCGAGGUGGUCUCCCACCCGUUCCUGCUGCGCUCCAGCGCCAUCGGGACGCCGCUGCAGCAGCGGAUCGCGGCCCACAAGACGCAAAUGCAGACGCAGCCUCAGACGCAGACGCGCGCCGCUUCGCCGGCCAAGCAGACCCCGCAGCCCACUGCCUCGUCGUACUCGUCGGCGUCCGUGCCAUCCGUCUCCAUGUACUCGACGCGGCCGGAAUCCGAUGGCAUCGAGCGCAGCGGGUGCCGCCUCUUCUUCCACAAGAUCCACCGCUUGUUCUCGCGCCGCCACUACAACAAGCGCGUGAUGGCCGUGAACCGCAGCCCCGGCGCCUCCAAGCGCACGCAUGCCAAGCGCUACGCGAACGCCGCCUGA